AUGAUUGUUCCUCAUAUAAAGCUAAGAUUUGUGCAUUUCAGGUUGUCACUCGUGCAUUUCUACGCUCCAUGGGCGCCUUCUUGCGAACAAGUUAACAAAAUUCUAAAAGAUUUAGAAGAUGAAUCGAAGUUGGGUCCUCUGGUUGGAUUUUCAUUUAUUGAUGCAGAGGGUGUAGCAGAAGUAUCCGCAAUGCAUUCAAUUGCAGCUGCUCCAACAGUGGUGCUCUUUAAAGAUGGGAAAGAAGUGGAUCGCGUGAAUGGUUACAAACCGAGUGAAAUAGAGAUGAAGCUCACGAAGCACUCCUUCGAUAUCACGACAACACCUCCUGCUUUGCACCCGAAACCUGAAGAGGAUCUCAACACCCGUCUGAAAAGGCUUAUUGAGUCGCACCGAUUGAUGCUUUUCAUGAAAGGAUCGCCGGACAAUCCGAAGUGCGGAUUUUCGAGGCAAACAGUGGCAUUGCUGAAUGAAAUCGGUGCAAAAUUUGGUUCAUUUGAUAUACUGAGCGAUGAAGAAGUCAGGCAAGGUCUUAAGACAUAUUCGAACUGGCCCACGUAUCCCCAGUUAUAUCUGGAUGGUGAGCUUAUCGGCGGUCUGGAUGUCAUUAGGGAGGAGCUGAAAGAUGCCGAUUUCGUCGCGAAGUUACCUAAAAGGGAUGACAACAAUGCCGCUGCGACUUCAAAUAAAGAGGAGGAAAGCAAUUUAGAAGCUCGACUGAAGAAACUCAUCAAUAGGCAUAAGCUGAUGUUGUUUAUGAAGGGUGAUCGUCAUCAACCGCAGUGCGGUUUCUCUCGUAAAAUGGUUGACCUGUUGGAAGGAGUUGGGGCUGAUUACGAUACGUUUGAUAUUCUCCAGGAUGAAGAAGUGCGGCAAGGGCUCAAGGCAAGCUGUCGUUUGCGAGGAUUCAACGAGACCUUUCAGACAUUUUCAAACUGGCCAACGUAUCCCCAGCUCUACCUUAAUGGCGAACUCUUAGGAGGAUUGGAUGUAGUUAAAGCAGAAAUGGAAAAUGAGAGUUUUGUCUCAUCAUUGCCGAAGAAAUCAUGA